AUGAGUGACGUCUUCAACCCUGAAGUUUUUGAGCAGAAGUUGAGGCGCUUGGCCGACGGCUUUCAAAAGCGCUUCGGAGAACUGCUCAAAUAUGACAUCGAGGCCGAGCUUACUCGUUUCGAUGAGUAUAGGCAAACGCUCAGCAAGUACGUCGUGGACGGCGUGGCUUUUAUGAAAUCCGCACAGGAGAGCAACAUGAAAAUCGUGGUCGAAGGCGCAAACGCACUGAUGCUAGAUGUUGAUUAUGGUUCUUAUCCAUUUGUCACUUCCUCAAGUACUACACUUGCCGGUAUUAUUGGCGGACUUGCACUGAACCCAAAGAAUAUCACGGAGACGGUUGGAGUCGUUAAAGCCUAUACCACCCGUGUCGGGGCUGGAGCCUUCAAGACCGAAGAUACCGAAGAGAUCGGCACCAAGCUCCAGGAGAUUGGACGCGAAUGGCUCGACGUUUUGGAUACUUUCGAAACGAUCAAGAUCGCCAUUGCCUACAAGAUUGAUGGAGAGGUCAGGGAUGCCGAAAACAUGAUGAUAGAUGGUGAACUGGAUUCUUACCCUGCGGAUCUUGACAUCUUGAACCGAGCUGAGGUGGUUUACCACGAGAUGCCAGGCUGGCAAAAGCCGACCACCAACGCGAGGACAUACUACGACCUUCCCAGGGCAGCCCGCGAGUAUGUCGAGUACAUCGAGAAGUUUGUUGGAGUAAAGAUCAAGUACAUCGGCACUGGUCCUGACCGAGAGGCCAUGAUCCAGCGUGCCUAA